AUGCACGGAAGGCCUAGGAAAGCUCUAACUGAGGAAGAGCAAAGGGCUUCAUCUCUUAAAACUGCCAAGCUUCGCGAUCUCCAAUCCCAAGCCCUUCACUUUCACCACAACAAAAUUUACACGGGAGAAGCUAUUGCAAUCAGCGCGAAGCUAUUUGGAGUCAAAUCCAGAGCACUAUACUGGUUGGAACUACUGAAACUCGCCGUGCAGCAUCUUAUCGACCAGCGGUCGGAGGGCGGAGCCGACUCCGAGUCAAUUCAAUCGAUUUUUGAUGAAGAACUCAUUCUCCUGUCUAAUUUACUAGAGAAAGGAGGAGAGGAUUAUCAUGAUAAGGGGAAUGUGCUGGGAGAGGAGUAUGAGUUUGUACGAAAUGCCAUGUUCACAGAUCCUGAUGAUCAAAGUGAGGCUGUAUCUGUAAAGGUUACAGUUACAAGUUCUCCUGGUAUUACUUCCUCUGGUGGUUUGCCCUGUAAUCAGCCUCGUCAUGUAUCUUUCUCUGUCCGUUUACCUUCUGAUGAGCAAAAGCACUCUGAGAUGAAAACAAUAGAUAGAAUAUCAUGGAAAGAGGAACAAUUUAUUGCUACUGAAUCUCAAGAGGUAAACUUGGCCCACUUGUUUUGUGAAUUGGAAAUCACUGAGCAGAACAAAGAAAAAACUCCUACGUGUAGUUUGGAGACUAUAUCCGGUGAAAUAGAUCACUGCCGGGAACUGUUGUCAACAACAAACUGUAAAAUUGGGAAACUUACUCUUGCUAGACUCUUGAUGGCGCAUAACACAUUGAUGUCAUUCAGAAGCACUGACGAUAGAAUCCAGACCCGUUAUGAAGAUAUUCUCGCCCUUUAUCAAGAUUUAAUGAAGAUGGAUCCUGCACAUAUUUGUUACUACGAGGAUGAGUACAGUUUGGUUUUUAUUUAA